CGGCCGGUUAAACUCCAGCCGAGGUGUCCAUUGAGAGUCGGAAGUUGGGUUUGAGUUAGUGAAACUUGACAAAAUGGCAGAAGAUAACAGUUAUGAGUCGAUGCUCUGCGUGAAGCCCGAGGUCCACGUCUACCGGAUCCCUCCGCGUGCUUCCAACCGCGGAUAUCGUGCUGCUGACUGGAAGCUGGAUGAACCUGCGUGGAGUGGCAGGAUGAAAAUCACCGCUAAAGGCAAGAUGGCCUACAUUAAGUUAGAGGACAGAAACACAGGAGAGUUGUUUGCCCAAGCUCCAGUCGAACAGUACCCAGGGUGUGUAGUUGAAUCUGUCACAGACUCCAGCAGGUAUUUUGUGAUCCGGAUAGAGGAUGGAAAUGGACGUCAUGCGUUUAUCGGUCUGGGUUUUGCUGAUCGCGGAGACUCAUUUGACUUCAACGUAGCUUUACAAGAUCAUUUUAAGUGGGUGAAGCAGGAGGGUGAGCUCGCCAAAAUGGAAGCUUCUGAGAGCACAGCACCUAAACUGGACCUCAGCUUCAAAGAGGGACAGACUAUUAAGAUCAGCAUUGGGAACAUCAAGAAGAAGGAAGCAGGCGCCAAAGCACGGCCCAUGGGUGGCGGCCUGCUCCCACCUCCUCCAGGUGCAAAGGCUGGAGGAGUCAUACCUCCUCCCGGGGGACAACAGACUGACUCAGCUGAACCGACCAACACUGCUGCUCUUUUUGACUUUGGGUCCCCCGUCCCUGCAGCCCAACCCAGCUCUGACAUGUGGGGAGAUUUCACAUCCGCAGGUUCCAACUCCAGUAAAGAUGCUGUCAAAUCAGGAUGGGUGCAGUUUAGUUGAGUUGUGAGAAACCGUGCACACACUCAGGUUGCAUACAUUCCAUGGACAGGACGAUUGUGGAAACAAAAGAAAAUUAAAAAGAAAGGAACUGUUAGCAAACUUGACCGGCUCAUUCACUGCACCUGUUCUUUAAAGAAUCUGUUCACAUAAACUAAAGCCCGCUGACCAACACUCUCUGGAGGAACAAACAGUGAAAUGUAUAUAUUUUUUACAAUCCUAUUCAUAUGCAGUGGGGGGGGGGUCUUUCUUUCCUUUUCACUGUUAAUCUGUCCAGAAAUCAGAUUUGUGUCCCUUUUUAUUCUCGUCUUUACAGCACAAUGCAUUUGUUUUCCUGCUCCGAUCAUGCAGUUAUCUCAUUACACCAGCACCACUCAUCUCAAGGUUGUUUUUUAUCAUUUGGAAAAAGGUAAAUGGUUUACCUACUGAAGUAUCCAUAUUUUUUUGCUGUAUACCAGUAUGUGUGUGUUGUUUCUGUUUCCUAGUAUUUUUAGGAGAUCUUGCAAAGCUAUAUUGAUAUUUGAUUAUUAGUUUUACAUUACACCUCUUUAGCCUUCAUGAAAAGAUACAAGAUUUUUUUUAAAUCACGUUGUUGAAUAAAAAAGUCAUGAUUGCCAUUUUGUCUUUCGUUCAGUUUAAAAAUGUUUUUUUUUUUUGGGUUUAUUCAUGUUUGUCUUUGUGUCCGACCUUCAUGUGUCUUCGCCUCGUGUGUUGUUGCUUUUUUUUAAAUGUGCCUUUUACCAAAUUGAAACUUCCUUCCUUGUUGCUAAUUUGCAUUGAGUAUUUGAUUAAGUGCCUUUCUGAAAAAGAUCUCUUCUUGUCUUCUUGUAAAUAAACAGUAUAUUUCA